CGUGUCGGCAGAAAACAGCGCAUUCAUUCUCUCCGUCGUCAGAUAUUUUCGCCGGAAAAAACAAAAACCAUAAACCCCUACACACAUUCGAGUGUUUUGAGAAAAACCCUUUUGUUUUUUUGUUUUUUUCGGGAAGGUUUGGCCGGAGUUUGAAGAUGAUGAAGAGAAGGUCGUUGGCGACUCCGUACGGCAGAGACAUGCCGUCUUCUACGACCAAGGACGAGGAAGUCGAGUGGGAAAUGAGACCCGGAGGAAUGUUGGUCCAGAAAAGAGUCGACAAGUCAUCCGACGUCGUUCCGGCUCCCAACUUGCGGCUUCGGAUUGCUUUCGGCGCUCUCCGGUACGAGAUCUCGGCCAGCUCUCAGUCCACUUUCGGGGAGUUGAAGAAGGUUCUCACGGCGGAGACGGGGUUACAGCCGGGAGACCAGAGGCUAAUAUUCAGAGGAAAAGAGCGAGAAAACGGGGAGUACUUGGACAUGUGCGGAGUCAAAGACCGAUCAAAAGUCAUGCUAAUCGAGGACCCAGGAAGCAUAGAGAGGAGAGCCAAUCAGAUGAGGAGGAACGCGAAGAUCCAGACCGCUCAUCGCGCCAUCUCAGACGUGUGCAUGGAGGUCGAUAAGCUCGAGGAGCAGGUCACUGCUAUUGAAAAAUCGAUCUCAAAUGGAGUCAAGGUAGCAGAAGUUCAGAUCACCACACUAAUUGAGAUGCUUAUGAGACUAGCAAUCAAGCUGGACAACGUUUCUGCAGAAGGAGACGCUUCUGCUCAAAAGAGUUUGCAGAGCAAGAGGGUGCAGAAAUGUGUUGAAACUCUUGAUGUGAUGAAGAUAUCAAAUGCAGAGGUAAAGCCUGUAGUCGUGACAACCAAGUGGGAAACCUUUGAUCCUCCUCCAACUACAGCCAAAUGGGAAUUUUUCGAUUAAUCUUUGUUCGAUCAUCGAUCAUCGCAUCUUUCGAUCUUCUUUGCUCAUUCAUUCAUGUAAUUAGCUCGUCGAGAGGAGCAAAGAGAGAGAUACCUGUACUUGUAGCUUUCCCUCCAUGAUGAACUUUGCCAAUAAGUACGUGUUGGUUAUGAUAAGGUUACAUAUAUAUAGUUAGAUGUGGUACUAUUUUGCUAGAGUUUUAUGGACAGUUUCCUUGAGUUGUACACUGUUUAGUCUAAGCAUGCAUGCAGUGUUUGAAUAUAAUCUUGGGGAAAAUCUUACCAGAAUUAAGUUAUAUAUGAUCGUAUCUUAU